AUGAACCCGCCCACGCCGAAGAUGGAAGACCCGGACCACCUCACAAAGUACUCCAGUGAGACCCUCUUCUACAUGUUCUACACCCAACCAAGGGACAUGUACCAGACGCUGGCGGCAAUGCAGCUGUACGAGCGAGGAUGGCGCUUCCACAAGGGCGAGCAGUUGUGGAUUACACAGCAGACCCAGGAUGAUGGCCAGGGCAACAGGCGCAAUGUCUACUGGGAUCCAGCGGGCUGGGAGAUGAAGUUCCUCCUGAAAGAUGUGGACCCCAUGCAAUAUGCCUCCAAGGUGCCGGGCCUGUUUGAUGGAUACUCAUGUCCACAGCCUCCAGAUGCCCGUGGUACACAAGCGCAGACUCGCAUUGCUGUCCCUUCUGGCAAGGAGGAUGUGAAGAUCAAGCAGCAGAUUAGCCGGAUUGUGCCCAUGACUGACCCACGAUGCGUCCGCAUGUGGCCAGAUGGGCGUUCUGUGUCUUCUGCAGCAGAGACAUUGCUGAAACGUGGGAGAGAUUGCUGUGCGCCCCCCGUUGCCGCGUCCUUGGCUAGUGCUGUGCAGGGAGGGCGGGGUGCCUUCAGCGAUGCCCUGUCCGAAGCGUUGGCAGAUGGCCGUUCGCUGGACGUGUCCUUCGCAACUUUUGUCGAGACGCGUUUGAACUUCACGAAUUGGGUGACCAAGUACAUGUCUGGUGACCAGAAGCCACGCCUGGACUCCCUGCUGACACAGAGCGCCCGACGCGAGGGCAGCCUUAGCUCGCGAAACGUGGUGCGCAGCUUUGUCGAAGGCUUGGCUGCCAGCUACAACGGGAACUUGAAAUCCAUGCUUGCCUUCUGCAGUGAUGAGUUCACGGAGGACAAGACGGGAGGCCUCUUCGGAAGACUCACAGAGAAACAGGUUGGAGGAGUUCCUGUGCCGAACCCGAAGAAGGCCUUCAUCGGACGGAGCCUGGUUCUACCCAGCGGAACUGGGGAAGGCAUUCGGCUUUGUUUCGUAAGUUGUCACUUCCCGAUCACGCAGAUCGCCGCAGCGCUGGAGGACCCACUGCAGGAUCCACUGGAAGCAGCCAAGAUCGCCUUGGCCAAAACGCUGCGCAAGGUGCUUCGCAAAGCUCAUCAAAGGAACGUCACCGACGAGCGUACCAUCAUCUUUGUCCAAGGGGACAUCAACAGCAGAACCGUGCUUCGAGAGGGAGAGGUGAACGAUGUACUCCUGGAACUGCUGGAAGAUGAGUCGCUUCAGUCGGCAAUUCAGCAGCAGUUGGACGAUUUGCCUGCUGGGCGAUGGCGCGAAGCCGUAUCGCAUGACAGCGUGCAUGAUCUACCUGUAACUUAUAAAUUCAACAACAAGAAGGUGUGCCAGACUGGCAACAGCUGGGUGCUUGGGAAGAACUGCACAAUCGAGAAAUCAACAAUGACCAUGACAGAGUUGCAGCAGGUCCUGCACGCCGACGCCCGGAGCAUUCCCCCAAAAGCGAGGAUGAGUCAGGCUUGGGAAGCAGGGAUGACAUUGGAUGACCAGCGAAUCUUAGUCGAAGGACAGCUGACUUUGGCUGAUGCAUGGUUGGCAGCUUCAUAUAUUGGUGAUGUAAUGUCCAAGGCGUCUGCUCCCAAGAUGCCAGAGAAGUCAGUGCAGAAGCAAGACUCGCAAUACGUCAAAACCACCUCCACGACUAGCAGCAAGCGCUUCGAAGGUGGUCUUUACAAAAGGACCUUGGCAACUCUGGGACAGGAAUGGCUGGACAACUGGGGAGUUGCCUUCAAGCAGAAGGACUUCCGAUCUUUCAGGUUUCCUUCCUGUGCUGACCGCGUGAUCUACUGGGCUUCGGAUGCGUUGUACGACCGGUUGAGCUGGGAGCUGCCUAGGGGCGGUUACGAGAUCAACCACUCGCAGCUGGGCAGCGAUCAUCGUCCUGUCUCCCUGGAGUUGAUCUUGAGAGUCUCUGACGAGCCCAUACGAAACUCAAAAGCCCUCAAGCCAGCGCGCAGCUACAUGACGGAGGGCUUCCUGUCGGAGCCCGACGACCCCUCCAUGUCAGAGGCAGAGGAGGAUGGCUUCUCCUGCGAGGCCACGCCAAGGAGCUUCCAGAGAACAUCAGGGAACAUGAUCGUCUUCAUGCAUCUUCAUGUUCUCAGAGAGGUUGCUGAAGCCAGGACAGUUGCAUCCUCGCCGCCUGCGUUUGGAGAAGCCAGGUUCUUGGUGCCAGAUUUGAUAGUUGCUGGUGGACUGGAGAGAUCUGGAGAGCUUGGUAGCGCUUCCUGCAUGCUCUUGUUUGACCCUUGUUCGGCCCUGUUGGCUGAGUACCCUCCCUCUCUUGUUGCCUCCACCUCCAUGCGUCAUGAUUCAGAUUCGGCUGCUUUCCUUUGUUGGAGUUAUGGUAGUGCACUGCUAGACAGGCGCCAAAAUGUGCCAACGAGUGCGCUUCAAUCUGUCACUUACCUCUGCCUCGCAGGCAUGGUUGAAGCCUCUGCUUGGCAGGGGUUUAGAUGGCUUAGGCGCGGUCGCUCAGCCGCCGCCGCUCUGAGUCAGAUGCCAGCGCUAUCUCCAGCAGGUAUCUGGCCUCUGACGGGACCCAAGUCUUGGAAAGUCUUGCGCAUGUGUUUACGUUUUUUUGUUUUUUAUUUUUCCUCUCUGGCCUCUGCUUGA